AUUCAAAUAAAAAAAUCUGGAAAAUGCAAUUUCUGCCCAAUGCGCGCGCCCCAGUGUGACAUAAUGGAACGUGCGAGACUAGAAAAGCUCGAGGCGGUGCGCGCGGGUGUCCAUUACACUGAGACCCAGCUCGAGAGCAGAAGGCGGCAAACGGCAUUAGAGGCGCUAAAGGUUUUUGUUUUUAUAAAUUACAGCGACAUAUUUUAUAUUUCAGUUCGUUUACGUGGGGUUAUGGACAGAACGCCGAUUUGAGGGAGUCCCGACAACGGAAAUAAUGAUGAAGAAGGACAUUAACUUAAGCCUGGCGGACGACGCAGACCUCAAACCGCACCUUCGCGACGCCGAGGGCAUCCUCGGCUCCGCGGACCUGGGGCUGCUCAAACUGGCCUCGCCGGAGCUGGAGCGGCUGAUCAUCCAGUCCAACGGAAUGGUCACCACCACGCCGACCAGCUCCCAGUUCCUCUACCCCAAGUCGGUGACGGACGAGCAGGAGUUCGCCGAGGGCUUCGUGAAGGCGCUGGAGGACUUACACAAGCAGAACCAGCUGAACGGAACCGGGCCGGCGAACGGCAGCCUGGACCUGGGCGCCAACCUCGCGCCGGUCGCCGUUCAGCCGGACCUGCCGGUGUACACGAACCUGAACAGCUACGCCAGUGGACCGCUGGGAACCACUGUCAACUACUCCACGGACACGGUUCCCUUCCCGCCUCCUCCGUCACACCAUGCGGGGACGGCCCCGCCGCAGCCGGAGCUCUCUCGGGUCCAACCGCUGAAGGAGGAGCCUCAGACGGUGCCCGACGUGCAGAGCUUCGGGGACAGCCCGCCGCUGUCUCCCAUCGACAUGGACUCGCAGGAUCGCAUCAAAGCCGAGAGGAAGAGGCUCCGGAACCGCAUCGCAGCCUCCAAGUGCCGGAGGCGCAAGCUGGAGCGGAUCUCCAGGCUGGAGGACCGGGUCAAAACGCUGAAGAGCCAGAACACCGACCUGGCGUCCACCGCUAGCCUGCUACGGGACCAGGUGGCCCAGCUGAAGCAGAAGGUCCUGGCCCACGUCAGCAGCGGCUGCCAGCUGCUGCCGCACGAGGUUCAGGUCCACUAGUGAGCGGGAUGGAGCCGCUGCCGACCAGCACAUAAGCUCCGCGGACUUUGGUGUGUGCGCCCGGGACUGAAGGAACGCCUGGGACGGACCACCUUUUAUCACUCGGCUGUUUUAGACGCUUUCAUCGUCGGUCACAUACGCGAUAGCGCAUAGUCUAAGGCAGAAAACGGUGUUAUUGCCGUCGGUGAUACCACAUUGGAAGCCAAUUCCUUUUAAUAUCCAGUUUUUGGGUUAUGCCGAAAUGAAGAGCGUUUUACUGUAUUAUGCUGUUUAUAUGAAUUCAUGGUCUGUCAUUUACUGGCGUUUACUGGUGAACCAGGCAGCAUGAAACUGCCCGAUUUCCCAAUGGGACUAGGCCAUAAGCUUUUCUAAUGGGGGAGAAAGGGACACUUACAUGGGUAUAAAGUUAUGCUCAACUUAUUUAUCCUCAUGUAAAAUGUUUACAGAGCUGCUGUGUCUAUAUACAGAAAAGAAACCUGGACCAAACACACUUAGGUGGCAGCAUUUCUACAGUAACAGCCUAUGCAAAUGUAUGACACAGAGAGCUAUACAAAACAAGUGGAGCAGUGGAGGGACAACGUCCACACAUUUGAUAUGUAGGAGAGACAUCACACAUGUAACAUAUUGCUAUAGUAACAACCUGCAUGUUGUUGACAAACUCGAAUGUUGCCCCACAGCUGGGUGUCAAAGGGAGCAAUUAAUCCAUGUUUAUCAUCUUUAACCUGUACAAACACGUGUAUUUAUCUAUUUUUUAUUCUGGUGAGUCACUAUUUCAGCGUGUUCUUGUUACAUGUGAAGACUCGUAACCUUUUUUGUUGCACUGACUGUUGUUGUCACCUCUAGCCUACAGUUAUUUGGCUGUGUCUUGAAUUAAAUGCUGCUGGCAAUAAACACUGUUUCCUCUA